AUGCUCCACCAAGCAAAGCUCUCCAACUCUUCCAAGGUGCCAAAUGGCAAACUGAUAUUCGCCCCUGGCCAGGCCCCGCUAGAGCCUUCGCAAGAGGUGCAACAUGACCAACAACCGCAUCGCGCCGCACAAUUCACCCACUCCAAGCUCCGUCGCUCGGACCUGUCGACAGACCCCUUCACGCAAUUCCACUCCUGGUUCACCGAUCCCGCACUAAAGACGGCCGUGCCCGAGACCGUUACUCUGUCCACAGCUUCGCUCCCCAGCGGCCGCGUGUCCAACCGCGUCGUGUACCUCAAGGAACUCGACUCGCGCGGGUUCGUCAUCUACUCGAAUUUCGGCACGUCGCGCAAGGCAAAAGACAUCGCCUCGAACAAGUACGCGAGUCUCUGCUUUUGGUGGAAGCCCGUCGAGAGGCAGGUAAGGGUCGAGGGCGUGGUGGAAAGGGUCAGUGCCGAGGAGAGCCAGCUUUACUUCGACACGAGGGCCAGAGGGUCGCGGAUCGGAGCGUGGGCCAGCCAGCAGACAAGUGUCUUGGAGCCUCGCGCGCCGACGUCAACGACUGCAGAAUCCGAAACGGAGCAGAAGAGUGACGCGCCAGCGGAGGAGGGAGCCGAAGACGACGGACGAGCUGCCCUCGAAGCCCGUGUCAAGGAAAUGGAGGCCCGGUUCGAAGGCCAGGACCACAUCCCCGUGCCGCCCUUCUGGGGUGGCCUGAGGAUCAUACCUGAGACGAUCGAGUUCUGGCAAGGACGGGAAAGCAGACUACACGACCGCUUCCUGUACACCAGGAUAGGAGAUGAUCUCGACCAAGACAGCGAGCCAAAGUGGAAGAUUGAGAGACUGAGCCCAUAA